UUUCAAUAUGGUAGUGUGUUCUACGUUUAAAGCAUUUUAAACCCAGGAUAUGCCCUACCACUAAUUAUGACUACCUGUUCCAUGUAAACAGUAGGUAUACCCCAAAGUUGGACGCCUGUCAACUUACAGCAUUCAGGUGAUUAUAUUUGGAACCGCCACAGAAAAAUUCCAUGUAUGGAACAAAAUAAUUACGUUUGUACGGAUCUGUUAAUUUUCCAGGACUGUUAUUUACUUAAGUGAAAUUUAUUUUUGGAGACAUUCAGUGAACAGGUUUAAAAAUUUGAAAGAGCUGUGAAGAUGGUCAUUGGUGGAUACUACGCUAUGGGUUGACAGACGUGGGGGCAAUAACAGACUCGGUAUGGACAUGAUGGAGGAAGAGGACUAUACACAGUUCAAUGAAGAUGAGGAAGAGUUACCUCCCCUAAACGAGGGGGAUGAAGCGAUCAGUCUGUAUGACAUUCUAGUGGAACGAGAUAAGGCGUUGACAGAGGAGGAGUUGUGGGCCCUGUGUAGAGAGUGUUGCCUUGUCCUGGAGGUGGUUAAUAACUCGCCCGAGAUGUUUCAGACUCUUUGUGUUACCCCAGAUACAGUGGCCUUUGAUGGAGCAGGAAAUGUCUGCUUCUUGGACUUAGAUAGAGAUCCCGAACCUCUAUAUAUACCUCCAGAGUACGACAAUGUGGGCAAUUGCAUUAAGUCCCACUUGUUUUCCCUUGGGAUGACCCUGCUAUAUGCUGCGGAAUAUAAUGGAGAACCAGGCGAAGAGAUCUGUCCGGAGCUCCGGGAACUGUUUGGAUGUAUGACCUCUGAGCACUUGGACACUCGCCCAGACUUGGAGUCCAUUAUAACUCACUGUGAGGAGGAACUGUGUGGUAAAUCAUCUCAGGAAAUCUGCUGCGGGAUCGGAGACUUUGCUGCUCCAUUUACACCUGCUCCAGAUGUAACGUCUUUAGCCAGUUACACUGAUGUCACAGAGGGACUUGCCGACUACCUAUCAUCUCAGUCUUCCAUUGUUCCCAGUGUAGUCUCGGAAAAGUUUAACGGACCACAACAACACUCCACUCCCUCUGGAUCCCCCUUUGGGAGACAAAUAAGAACUGAAUCCAGAAAUAGCCAAGAGAAGGAAAUAGAGAAUUUGGAAUAUACAGAGACUGAGGACAUGCCAGUUCGGGGAAUGUUGACGGGGAUGCCCCUCCCCACUGGAAACAGGGAGAGGAAAUCAAACACAAGGGGGGCCAAUAAACAAGGACUUAACUACAGUUCUAAUUUAAUUUCUAUAAAUAACUCAAAUGAUAAGUUGUCUGAAAAUAUUAACUUCACUGUAAGCGAGGUGAAUGAAGUAUUAAGUGAUUCGAGGAUCAGUGACGGUGAACCAAAGGUUACGGUAACAGCUGAAAUCAAAAGCAGUGUUCCACCGGAUAAAACCAAGCCCCCACUCCCAAGGAAACCUAGCUUAAAAGAGCAGCUGACUAAAUCAGAUAAUGAUUCAGGAAUGGUGGAUGAUGGAGAAUCCACACUUGGUGAGAAGAACAGCAGUGUGGAGAAUACUGGGCUGUUAGGCUCAUCCACUUCCAAACCUGGCCCAGUGGAAGCCUUUUCUGUGGAGGACUCGGAACCUCGGGCGGUAACUAUGAUGGAUUUAUCCAAUACAUCCUCUGUGAAACGGACUGAAUCCUCAGAGGGUAGUGGUUCUGAGACAAAAUCUAAACGUUCAAAGAAAAAACAGGGUCUUACCAUUAAUGAAGUACUGGAUUCAGUGAACAGAGAGUUGACAGAAGAGGAACUGUGGGCUCUCUGUAGAGAGGGAACCGUAGCCUUGCAGAGGAAAAAGAAGCACUUACCUGCAUACAUCUCACCUGACACAUUAGUUCUUAGAGAGAAUGGUAACUUAUCUUUCAAAGCCAUUCCUGAGGAUAAACCGUUGGAGGUCAUCUUUAUGGCACCAGAACUACAGCAAAAGGGAAAACUCUCAGACAAGACAUGUUUGUAUGGUCUUGGGGUAACUCUUCGGUGUGCCGGAGGUAAAAAGUACUCACCCAUAUCAGCAAUGUCUGUGUCAGAGGAGUUCCAAUCACUUCUGGAAGACUUUGUGAAAUCCGAUCCAGCCAAAAGACCUACACUGGAGGCUGCACGACAUAGGUGUGAUGAAAACGAAAGAAUCGAUGGCCUUUCAUCCAAUGUUAUCUGCAAAAAUCUCUUCCAAGAAUCCUUCACAAAAAUGAUGAAUUUUGCCAAUAAUGAAAACAGGGCACUAGAUGCUGCAGAAGAAUCAGUUCCCGAAAAACAGAUAGAAAAGAUUAAACCUAAACCUAAACCCCCACCCAAGCCACCUAGUCCCAUGUUAUCGGCCUUUCGUCCAAUCAAAGGACUCGUUGCAAAACCUCAGAUCGGAUCAUCAUCAUCUGUGUUUGCUCCAGUGGCAGUGAAACCCGGAAAUAAAGGUGAAGGACAGAUGCCCUCAGCCUUUACGUCCUCGGCCACUCAUUUUAAGCCUAUUGUUCUCCAUAAGCCUGGAUCAACACCGCCACCGGAGGACGAAAAGAAGCCACAGGGGACAAAAGAGCAAAGUGGCGACAAUGACAAGGAGGUUGUUAGGAAGCUAAAGGAGCUGAAGAAGAACCUGAUGAAACACAGGCAACCAGUGAAAGACGCUGAAGAUGAGAAGAAUAAUCAGAAGGAACAACAGACCUCAUCUGUAGUGAAGCCUUCUGGUGACAAGAAGGAACUGUCUGAGGAGAAUAAAGUAAAAAGUGGCAAUGUAGGCUCACUGGACAAUCUUCUCUCUGAACUUCAGAAACAAGGAAAUGCGCCUGAUACAGAUUCAUUAGCUGCAGCAAUUGCACAACAUUUAAGUAAAAACCUCCAGGGAGCACAGCAAUCAAACUCUAAAGGGAAGGAUGUUCCUCAAGGACCUCUGCUAGGCAGCCAAGUACCCAUGUCAACAUCAUCAGCUCCUCACAUGAAUCAAAUGUUUAACAUGCAAUUAAAUCAACAGAUGUCAAACUUUCCUCCUCAAUAUCAGCAGCAGUUGAUGGGUCAGACUAUGACUUUGCCUUCUGUGAGUCAGUUUGGAGGUGCAAUGAUGCCGGGUUAUCCUAUGCAAGUCCAGCUUCAGCAGGAUCCAAGAACUGGUUUGUUCCAGAUAGUUCCUGUUGGUGUGGUGACUGUUAGCUCAGCUCCAGGUAGUCAAGCCAAUUCGGAUGAAUUCAUCAAUAUGGAGGAUGCUACUCGAAUGAGUGAUCCUGGGAGAAGCCCGAAACCCAGAGCUAAACAUGUGAGUAGUGAUACAUCUAGAAAUAGCCCUAAUACCAGUACUUUGCCAAAACAUAAGCAAGGCAGACAUGGAAGAACUGCCAAGGAUUUAGUGCAGAAGACGGCAAACAUUAGGUCUAAGAACCUCCAACAACAAAACCUGCCGAGCAACUCUAGUCUUUCAGGUCAAAAGGAUUAUGAUUCGAAACGCUGGUCUUCCAACCAAGAUUCAGACAAACUUUCUAGUCAGAAUAAGGCAUUUAACGGGGAGAGUGGGCAUUCUUCUGGUCAAUAUAACUCUCUACCCAGACAGCAAAGUGUUCCUCAUAAUAUAAAUUCAGGUGAAUAUCAUUUGCUUCCCCAGUCUCAGAGGAUUCGGUCCAAUACAUCCUCCCCUUCUCCUUCCAAAGACAGUGGCGUUAGUGGAGUGAACGGCGUGUACAAGCCGCCCGACCCUGGGAGUCUGAUGGAUCGUCUGCUCAACAGCAACACCAGUCUCACACAACAACAAAAGAUGGGUCGCCUGGUUCAUCUUCUGAGGGAGGAGUUUGCAUUCGAUGGUUAUAUGGAGAACGGAGUAGAAGAUAUCAACAUGGCUGAGUAUGUGAUGUCGCUCGGAGGAUUAAAGUGGGAGACAUUUUCUAGUGCUGUUACUGAGAAAUAUUCAGACAUGUAUUGGAAAGUAGAUCUAUUAGUGUCCUUGUUUGAAGCUGUCAAUGGAGUAAAACCCGCAAUUCUCAAUCAACCACAUGUGCCAAACAGGAAUGUCCUGCAGCCAAGUGACACAGGUUCUCAGAAAGGUUCCAGAUACAGGCAUACUGAUGAUCCAGAUGGCUCAUCUUCCAGUAUGUCGGAGACCAAUCAAGAACAUUCUCACAGAAAACAGAGGGCUGACAAAGCCUUCAACAACAGGGCUGGUGAUAGGCUGGGAGGUCGACCACAGUCUGUGAAUGCAUUACAAGGAAAUUAUGAUACCUCAGAUUCUACAGAUAAUGAGAACAUUGAAAAGAGAAGGAGACAUCGUAGGAAACAUUUUGAGAAAGCUAAGAGUUCUUCCAUGCACAACCUUGCCUGUAACACUACCUUCACAAUAGCUUCCGAUAAUGACAAUGAUACAGAUGUUCACAAUAAUGCUCAUCCAGUCCGUGCUGAAGAUCAAAAUACUCGUGCUGUUAAUCGCCGGUUAUCAUUACCUCAUAGUGGAGUUUCACCACAGAAUUCUGUUCAUUCAAACUCUGGAUCUCAUGUACAACCUAACACUUCAUCUGACACUCUGUCCAAACGAAAGUCACCAAACAAUCAGGAAGCCCCACACUUAAUCCAUGUACAAAGUCAGAAAUCAGACAUUUCAAAACACUACCGCAAAAGCUGUGGUACACUGGAUGGAAGUUUGUCGUCUCGCAGCAGCAGCAUGUCAGAUGUUCGAGGUAGCACCAAACUGAUGCGACACAUGUCACAACUGUCGCUGAGUGAGGAAAAACAGGAGACUCUGUCGCCAUACAGACGGAAUCACAUACUGUUUCAUUAUGCUAUGGUGCAGCUCAACAUGUCCAAAGACUUGGAGAAAUUUCUUCAAGAUAUUGAUGAAGAGAAUGCAGAGAGACUUCAGGUACAGCUAGCAACCCUAGAUCAGCAGAUUAUGAUGGAAAGAAGGACAAAGAGAAAAACACAAGCUUUCUUCAAUAGAUUAACAGAAAGUCACAAAGGCCCCAAAGACCAGAAAACAACAGUAUCCAAAGACCUAGAGGAGAUGAGCCAAAAAAUUCAAUAUCUCCAGCUGUGCAAGAACCACAUAGAGAUGUUACAGACCGAACUAGACAGCAUCAACUCCACAUUCCUCUACUCCUUAAGUGCCAAUGUCACUGACACACCCCUCAGGCUAAAGCCUCAAAGUGAAAACAGCCUUCUACAGUUCCAAACCCUGAGGGAGCCCCAGACUAGGUGUGAAAUUCAGGUGGUACAGGCGGGUACUACAGAAGGUCUCAUGUCCUACUUGUUUGCAUCAACUGCCUUGAGCUUUGGAUAUGUCCACCAGUUUUUCUUUGGUUUCCGAUACUUUGUUGACCCAGCCUCUCUCAUGGAUUUCCUAACGUCCCGAUUUUCAGCUAUCUCCAGAAGUAAGGUUCGUGAGACAAAUUUACAGCGGACACAGAGGCGAGUGGUGGAUCUACUGCACUUCUGGGUGGAGGGAUUUUACCCGGUGGACUUUGAAGACAAUGAAGAUCUUAUCAAUUCUCUGCAAUUUUUCAUAGAGGAACAGAACAUUGCAACAUUUUCUGAUGAGGGGAAAAGAUUGCAGGAGUUACUUGCCCUUUGCAUGGAUGGGAAUGGUAGAGACCUGCUCACUAGCAUUACAGUUGGAGAAAAUGUCCAUGUGUACAAACAAAAUGGAUCAACAAAGAAGAUCUCACUGGCGGAGAAAAUCCGUGAGUGGGAUUCUUUGAAGACCAUGGGAAUGAAGAGCAGCGGUAAAGAUCCAGCCUGCAUGAAGUCCGGGUUUACGGUGUGUUUGGACAAACAAAGAAAUAGUCACCACAUGGAGGAAGUGUACUUCCCUAAGACCGCCCGCCGGACAGACGCCUUCACGUUAGCGGACUACACCUCCCAGUGCAUCGCAGAACAGCUGACCCUAGUAGAACAGGGAAUUUUCCAGAUGACCCACCCAGUUCACUUCUUGAACUCAAAAGUCCUGGGAGUCAGCGUGGCCCUUACCAUGACGGGAACACGCACACCCUCUAUUAUGAAGUUGAAUAACGUGGAGGAGGCCACUUUACCUGGAGGAAACAGUUUGUUUUUAUCAGAAAUUUCUGAAGACCCUGCCAUUCAAAGAAUGAUAGACCACUCCAGAGACAUCUCACACUGGGUGGCUGCCGAGAUUGUCAGCUGUAGCUCCUCCAAGAGCCAGAUUGCUGUUUUGACCAAAUUCCUUCAUGCAGCUCAACUGUGUAAAGAGAUGAGGAACUAUGCCACCUGUUUGUCAAUAGCUGAUGGUUUGGAGAACAUCAUCAUUAAACAGCUCCCAGCGUGGAAGAAUCUACCCAGUAAAUCCUAUGCUGUCAUGGAGGAAAUGAAAUCAGUCAGGAUGUUUUUGAAGAAUGAUGCCAUGUCCCUGAUGAAACAUGCAGACUGUCAUCUGUAUCCCAUAAUUCCCUCAGCUCUGCUGUUUCUGUUACAUGUUCAGCAGCAGGAAAUUGGAAGCUUUAAACUGGCCAAUGACAUGGUCAAAUGGACCAAGAUCAGAACCAUUACGCAAACUAUAGACCAGAUUCGCAUUUUUAAGGACCAAGUUUAUGGCUUUGAUCCAGAUUAUGAGAUGCAGGACACACUGAUGCAGAGAGUUCGGGAAUUCAGUUCACAAGACAUACAGACUAUUGCCUCACAACAUGAUACCAAUUACCAAAAAAUGCCCAGUGGUGGGGGAAUCAGUGCAGCUUUCCGCAAAAUGAAAGGAAAAUUCCAGUCCAAGUAGAGAAAAGUUGUAAAGAAACCCAGCAAGAUCCAAUCAGAUUUAAACCCUGUUUAGAAAAAUUGAGAAACUAAACAGCAAUGUGUUAUGUGAUCAGAAAAAUGUCUUGUGGGCAAAGAAUAGAAAUAACUUCCUUUUGUUGAACACCUUCAUAAUGAUAAGGAUCGCAGUGUACAUGUAUACAUGUAUGUAAAUUGUAACAAGCCUUCAGGAAAUUAUUUAGAUGUCUGACACCUGGAUGAAAUACUUAUUUUUAUACUGAAAUAAGAAGCACUCAGCUUUGAGAUAUAAGUCAAAUGUGUUUUUCAACAAGUGAUAUCAAAUGAAAUAAAAAUCAAUGACCAGGUUUACUGACCGAAUAUCCAGGUACGCGAUUGAAACACCAGCCUUACUCAUCAGUUGUUUCAUUGCGACAGUCACCAUCACCUGAUUUCACUUUUAUCUGGAAGUGAUGAAAUUGUACAGAAUUUCAAUCGAUAGACAAUGCAUGAUUAUUUGUGUUAACUAUGGCUAUUUCUGCACUGAAAAUGACACCAUCAGCUGGUAUGAAACACCCACUUCACUUUGUUACUUUGUGGUUUUCUUGUGGAUUAAGAUUACAGUACAUGCUGGCUUGUGUAGUAUUAAGCUAUGUGCUCGGUCUAUGAUGAACGUCGGUUUUGCGGCAUGGAAACAUUUAAUCCAGUUGAUGAACUUCUCUCUGAACUAGAUUCCACUUUAAAUGUAGGUCCGUUGGUCCACUAGUGAAAGUAAGCAGUGUCAUGCAGCUGACAUGAGAAAGAUUUUUUUUCAUUAAAAAUAUUUUUAGGUGUUGGUGGCAUGGCUUCUUUAAUGACAGUCGAAUAAUAGUUUAUUAGAUUUCAAUUUGGUUCAGGGAAUUUCAGUCCGUAUACAUAUUUCAUUUGAACACACAAUAAUUCUUCAACUGCCAGAACAAACAGCAUCUGAUUUAACUGCCAUUAUCUCCUUAGUGCAAUAUCUGUAUAAACAAGUACUUUGGUCAGAAUAUCUGUAAUUGUAAUAUUAAUCAGAGGCUCUAAUUUUGAGUUUCUAUAGAUUUGAAGAAUUUUUAAAGAAAAAAUACUAAAUUUGAUCUUUUUUUCUGAGUAUCAACUUUAGUAUUUGAUAAUUGGAAGUUUCAAUGAGAACCUGGUUAAUGGCUUGCAGGACUAAAUUUAACUCACAAUAUUUACAUUCACCCAUGUUGUGUCAGUACUUAACAAUUUGCAUAUAUAUAACAGUAUAAGCACAUAAUUAACAAGUUGCCUUUCAACUCAAGGUAAAAGCCUAUGCUUGAUAUGAACAUAAGGAAUGACAAUGUUUAUUUGUGUUAUGGAGGAGAUAAUUAGGGUAAUUUGUGUGUAAUCAGCUAAGCUUAUGUUACAAAAUCCCCAUGGUUCCAUUGCAUAUACCCCUCUAUAGGACAAACAAUCAAGACAUUUAUGCCUUAACUCCCAUUUUGAAUUUUAUGAUAUUGCUUAGAGUUAUGAAAUGAUAUUAGAGGUUGUUUUAUAUGUGACUAGUGGUGGUUCAAUGUUGUGUAAAUAUUUAUGUGAUACUAACUAGGGUAUAGAUCUGAUUUUGUUGUAUUGCUAAUAUUUCUUGCCCUAUUUUUUUGAUACUAAAACAUAUUAUUUAAGUACAUGUAUGAACUUUGUGCCAAAGUAAUUAAGUGUAUACUUCUGCAAUAUAACUGCUUUUCUGUUUCAUCUUUCAUGUUCAUGCAUUUAAUGCAAUAAAUUCAUAAUGCCUGCCCUCGGAUGAAAAAUCAAAAUGAUGAUAUCUGCAUUUUUCUCUCUCCUUUUUAAAGCCUUUCCUGUCAAAGUUUGGCAUCCUGUAGGAAGAAAUUUUAAAGUGGUUGUAAUGGGGGUCCCACACGGGGGUCAUAGAUCGAUUGCUAGCAGGGGCAGGUCCUUUUCAUCCGGUGGCCUGGAUUUCUUUUGUCAUUCAACUUUUCUGAGUAUUAUCAGCCUGUUUACUACUGUGGUUUCAUUAAUUUUCUUGAAAAUCAAUUUUACUAAUGAUUUUAAAAACAGCACAGUUUUGUUGAUCAGAAAAGGAAAUAAUGAUUAAAAAAGUUUUGUUGAUCAGAAAAAGAAAUCAUGAUUAAAAACAGUUGUGUUGAUCAGAAUUUUCAUUGAAAGCUACGUACUAUAUGUAGGACCUCUUUGAUGAUCGCUUAAUUUUGUGGCCUGGCACAAACAACAGAUAGUAUUCAACUAAAACUUUAUAGGGAAUCGAUGUAAUUCCUGCCUGAAAACACCCAGCUUUUGCAUCCAACUCUUUGAUUUACAGAAAUGGAUUUUCACAUAUUUUCAAUUGAACAGGCAUAUUUCAGAAUUUUAUUUGAUAUUCUACCCAUUUUGAUUUUUUUUAUAUCAUUAAAUUUUCAGAAUGCACAAGUUACUUAUAUAAAGAAAUAUAAUGUGUUUAUAAAUAUAUAGAUAAAACAGUCCUCACCAAUAUGAUUUCACUAAUAGUGAUGCAUGUAUGUUUAUAAAUAUAGGUAAAAGUAAUGUGAAUGAUGUAAUCUCUAAAUAUAUGUAUUAUGAUGUUUACUUGGUGUUUGUGUAUUGUCCUACCGUCCAUUUUAUGUAAACCUGUAUACAUGUUCUGGACAUUAAUUAAAGAUUCGAAUUAUCUUAUAUAGCACUACUGUGAUAACCAACCCAGAUACAGAGUACAUAUUAUUUACACAUAUCACUAUGUUAUAGUAUUAAUAUUGUUUACGUUGUAUAUAUUUCAUAUUUAUAUAUUUAUGUAUUUAUAUUCAAUAUUUUUUCUUUCUAAUGUGAUAGUGCAUUUAUGUAUAAAGUGAUGAAUUUUAAGAUUGCCCUGAUGUGUCCUAACAUCUCAAUGAGUAUCUUGAUGAAGAUUUGUAUCUCGACUUUUUUGAGUUUGUAAGGAAUUUGUAAAAAAAAAAAUUGUAUAAUUUCAUAAAUCUUAAAGGGGCAUUACAUGUCAAGUGGGGAGUAAAGCUGAUUAAAUUUGAUAAAGUUUAAUCAUUCUCAAUCAUGGUUAAAAUGUUGGAAAUAUGCAAUAAAAAUAAAUUUUUGGAGUCAAUAAAAUACCUUUGAUAAAAUUCAUACUAAAUGUACAUUGUUUAGGCCACUGAAUGUGUGUGUGUGUGCAUCAUGACAAGAUUAUAGGAUGUAUUUUUUAGAGGUUGAUGGUGAUUUUAUGUAAUGUAAAGCCUCUUUAUUAAUUUGGUUAAUAAUAGGAAAAUAUGUUUUGACAGCUAAUGCCUCUUUAAGUAUUUUUCUCCAGAAGUUUUACAUGUGAAUAAUACACUUGCUGAGACAUGAUAUAUCAUUCCAAAAUAAAAUGCAGAUGAGAUAUUGAA